AUGGCUCAAUUAAAUUUAAUGCCGAACUUGCCACAAUUCGAUGCUUAUUCCGAGCCAUCGUCAAUCGCAACACGGUGGAAAGAAUGGCUCGAACAAUUCGAGAUUUUUACAAUUGCAGCUAAAGUUGAAGACAAGAAACAAAAGCGAGCGCUUCUUUUGCAUAUCAGCGGGCCAACUGUUCAGAAAGUGUUUAAAGGAUUGACGGAUACGGGAGACGACUACGAUACAGCUGCCGCAAAACUCAACGAAUAUUUUGCUCCGAAGAAACAUAUUCGAUAUGAACGAUACCAUUUUAAACAAGCAUGUCAACAAGACGGUGAGUCUAUUGAUCAAUUCGCUUCUCGACUUCGUAACCUGGCUGAAACGUGUGAGUUUGAGAAUAUUGAUGAUGUUAUUGCCGAUCAAAUUCUGGCUAAUUGUAGCUCUAAUAGACUGAAAGAAAAGAUUCUUCGUGAAGAAAAAGCGGAUUUGACCUUCAUCUUAAAGCAAGGUCGUAUUUUGGAAUGCUCAAAACAACAAGCAGCUCGUAUUGGUACCAACAGCCCUACAACUCCUGAGAUCAGUGCCAUUCAAGCAACACCUGCAAAUCGCCCGCUAACAAGUAAUGACCACCGACAACAGCCUAGAGGAUAUUGUAGAAAUUGUGGUGAAACAUGGCCCCAUGUUCCCUCCAAGCCGUGCCCAGCAUUUGGUAAAUCCUGCCGUUCCUGUGGAAAGCAAAAUCAUUUUGCUCGAGUCUGCCGCAGUCGGCCCCAAAAUCGCAACACCCAACGCCAAGGCCAGCAGCGUCCAAGACGUGAACAACUGAACCAAAUCUCUGAAGACAUCGUAUCUGAUGAUGAGGAGGGAUAUAUUUAUGCAACCAAUACUGACGGGGAACAUGCUAAUGUGAUCUCCAGGCCUCAGCUUCCCGUUGUCAUCAAUGGUGUUGAAAUUGUGAUGAUGAUCGAUUCGGGAGCAUCAACAACGAGAGAGCGGAAGAUUGCUGAAGAGUAUGUGAAUUAUCUGGUCGGCCAUGCUAUACCCAAAGCUAUGACUCUAGAAGAAGUUAACAGUGCAUCAAAAGCUGACCCUAUUUUCCAACGCCUUCGUCAGGCAAUUACCACGGACGUUUGGCCAAGCAAUGAUCCUGACCUUACCCCAUUCAACAAAGUCAAGUUCGAGCUCACUGUUGCAACGGAUUCCGACAUCAUCCUUCGGGGAACACGCGUAGUCCUCCCAAAAUGUCUUCAAUUGCGAGCAGUCAAACUUGCGCACGAGUCCCACCAAGGCAUUGUAAAAACAAAGCAGCUCCUUCGAGAAAAGGUAUGGUACCCUGGCAUUGACAAGGACGUCAAGACAGAGAUCGAUGAUUGCAUCCCAUGUCAAGCAACAAGCCAAAAUGUGACACCAGAACCCCUCCAAAUGACGACCUUACCAACGGCGCCGUGGAGCCAAGUUUCAACCGAUUUUUGUGGCCCUUUCCCAUCCGGUGACUACUUGCUAGUUGUCAUUGACGAUUACUCUCGGUAUCCGGAGGUGGAAGUUCUUCGAUCUACCUCCGCUGAAGCGACUAUUCCGAAGUUAGAUAGAAUCUUUGCUACGCAUGGGAUUCCGGAUGUUAUGAAGUCUGAUAACGGCCCCCCAUUUAGUGGUCACGAAUUCGCCAAGUAUGCUAAAGAGAAAGGUUUUCAACACCGUAGAAUUACACCACUAUGGCCAGCUGCUAACGGCGAAGCUGAACGUUUUAUGCGUACACUAAGCAAAGCCAUCAAAACAAGCUCAAUCGAAGGAAAGAAUUGGAAGAAAGAUCUACAACAGUUUCUCCUGCAGUACCGAGCUACGCCGCACUCGACUACCGGGAAGUCGCCGGCGGAGCUUUUGUUUGGUAGGAAAAUCAAAACUAAACUGCCUGCAGUGCUCGUGCCACCUCUCGAUGAUGCAGAAAUGCGUUCCAAAGACCGACAAGGGAAGAAGAAGAUGAAAACCUAUUCCGACCGUCGGAAUCACCACAAACCUAGCCGCGUUUGUGUAGGUGAUAUGGUAUUGAUAAAACAGAAGCGAAAGAAUAAGUUGUCCUCACGCUAUAAUCCUAAACCUGCACUUGUCACCAGGAAGAAAGGAACAUUAGUGACCGUACAGAAAACAGAUGGAUCAACACUAAGCAGAAAUUCCUCUCAUCUUAAGAAAGUUACAAAACGGGCAGCAGAGCAGUGGGCAAACAUUCCUAACGACAGUGGAGAGGAUGAUGAUGAUGAUGACGAUGGGAGCAACGAGAACAAUGUAGAACUUCAAAACGCAGGUCAGGAACAGCGAGGUCAAAACCAACGACCAGCAAGAGAAAGGCGGCGUCCGAACUAUCUUGGUGACUAUGUGAUGUAUUAA